CGAAGAACAAAUGGGCACUUUUCUUGGUGGGAAAAUAAGAAUUCAGGGAAAUCCAAAAGGCAACCACAUUCACACUCCCUCACCAUCUGAGCAAAGCACAUAACAAAAACAAAAACAAAAGGAAGGAAGGAAGGACAACAUAGAAAAAAACAAGAUAAAAGAAAUGUUGAGAAGGCUUCACUUAUACUCCACUCACAAAACAAUCCCGGCUCCGAGACUCACUUCACUCUUCUUUCUCUUCCUUUCUCUCAGUAGCUAUGACAACUUUGUCAAAGCUCAUAUCUUCAUCUAUGCAGACUGCUCUCAAGAAACGUAUGUGCCCAACUCUCCAUUUGAAGAAAACCAUAACUCCCUUCUAGCUUCAAUUGUCAGCUCAUCUUCUCAAGCUUCUUACAAUAGCUUUGCCAUUGGAAAUGGAAGCUCAUCACCCCCUGAAGGAAUUUGCUAUGGCUUGUAUCAGUGCAGGGGUGAUUUAAAGACUACCGAUUGUUCAAGAUGCAUUGAAAGUGCUGUUAACCAGAUAAGUUUGGUUUGUCCAUACUCUUAUGGUGCUGCUUUGCAACUUGAAGCUUGCUAUGUAAGAUAUGAGCAUAUUGAUUUCUUGGGAAGGCUUGAUACGAACCUGAAAUACAAAAGGUGCAGUAAAAGUGUAGACAAUGAUGUUGAGUUCUUUAGGCGUAGAGAUGAUGUUCUUGCUGACUUGCCAACAGCUAUGGGAUUUAAAGUUAGCUGUUCAGGUCCAGUAGAAGGUUAUGCACAGUGUUUAGGAGAUUUGAGCUCUAGUGAUUGCUCUUCUUGUCUCGCGGAUGCUGUUGGGCAGUUGAAGAAUCUAUGUGGAUCUGCAGCAGCAGAUGUGUACCUGGGUCAGUGUUAUGCUCGCUACUGGGCAUCUGGUUACUAUGAUCUCACUUCAGAUUCCUCCAACGAGGAUGAUGAGGGAAAAACAGUAGCCAUUGUUGUUGGAAUACUAGCAGGUGUAGCCAUCCUAAUCGUUCUCCUCUCUUUUUGCAGAAGAGUAAUGGAUUAAGAAGAACACGACAUACGGUAUCUUACAAACAUUAUUGAAGGGUGAUCAUGUGGUGGCUAAGUCCUUGUUGUUUGUUUUAAUAAAUCUGUGAGAGAGAGAUUGGUUUUCUACUUUUCUCUAUUUAAAUAGACUGAUUUUUUACACAAAAGGAGUUGGUGUUAUCUUC